AUGAGUUUCAAACAGCUUAAAAAAGCCAGUGACUUCAAGGCUGAGAAAAAGCAAGAAAUACUGCAGCGAAAUGCGUUUAAGGCAGCAACAAAUGCGACUCAUCACCUGCAGCCGCUCAAUAGCUUAGACGGCACCAUCAAUAAGUCACUUGGUUCUGGUACUUUAAUCCGUACUCCACAUACCUCAACUUCGCUGCUACAUUUACAAUCAACUACAGGACCAGUAGGUAUUUCUUCAAACUUAAAAGAAGAUCUGAAAAGUCUUUUAAUGACAAAACGAUCUUCUCACGAAACACCGUCUCUGGAAGAUACCGUGUCCUCCUUACCGAUACAUAGUCAGCUAAUAAGCCACCGGUGUAAACGCGGUAGUAACGCACCUUCAAACGAAAGUGUUCUGCUGGCUUUAGGUCUUUUUCCCGCUACUUCUGCCAUCACAGUCGGCCUCCGAGGAGAAUUACAAUCGAUUCGACAGUCAACUGGAGAGCAAGAAAGUUUUGUGCUCGAAGAGGCUGCUACAAAACGGCUAGAAAAAAAUAGAGAAAAAAUAGAAGAAACAACGAUCAUUCUCGAUAAGGACGAGACAAGACUAAAAGAUAUCAAAGACUAUGACAAGGAAUUGGUUUAUAAAGAUAGUGAAAGUGUAGAAUCAACUAGUUAUUCUAGGCCAAUAAAGAACUUCCCAUUAACCUCAAAGGCAGGUUCACUCUCUGGGGAAAUGCCAAUGAUUCGAAAUCUCCGAAUGGACAAGAUUAUUUCCAGUCUUCGGACCCCUGGCUGCGGCCAAAAUUCUGGACAUUCUGAUAACUCACAGCUGGCAGAUGUU